ACUCGUGGUGUACGCUGGUGACGGUGGUGUGUUGUUUUGUGCACGGUGAUCGCGUGUGUGCGGUGCUUUGCUUAAUGUUUCAUCGGUACAAGCCAAUGUUUUAGCUUCAUUUUUCGCCGGCUAGACCUUUUUUUUUCACCAUUUUCAAAGGCUUUAUUACGUUCACGUGGACUCGUUACGUUAAAAUUUUGAUAGAUUUCCGUCCAGUUCGAACGAUCGACACGAGUCGAGUGCCGAGUUGAUCUUUUGUUGUUCGAAACUCACGAGUUGUGUUAGUUUGAAAUGUGCUAGUGUGAUUUUGUCUCCUUAGUGCAUCGAAUAACUUGGAAAUUUAGUAUCAUCGUCGUAUCGAUUGUUAUGCGAAUUUUUGUAAUUUUUUUCGUUUUUUCGCGUAAAAUGUCGAGUGCACCGGUAAUUCGUGUCGGUGAAACCAUGAGAACGUAGAAAAUUUCGCCAUUUCGGUACGGUCAACGUGCCCCCCUAGUGCCUAUCUACUCGUACCUAUUUGAAGUAAUACGGUUCGCGAAUACGUAGCCGACUACCAUACUACGUUAUUAUUUAUGUAGUUUUGGUCAUUACGAUUACGACCAGCUGUGAUUAUAUUACUCGUGUAAUAAUACAAUAUACUCGUAUAUAAAUGGUAUGGUCAUUUAAAUAGCGGUGAUAGUAACCAAGACAACGUUUGAAAAGCCUUCGACACACCGGUCGUGUACUGUACGUGUGUUAAAAUCAAAGAACUUCGUUAUUGUCGUCGUCGUCGUCGUAGUCGUAGUUGUUGAAAAACACACCUUAAGCUCUUUGUUUUGCUGUAUUGUUUUCGUUGUGCUUGUGGUCGUCGUUUUUGUCGUCGAACCCUUGCCACACGCUGCAGCUGCCGCCGUCGCCGCCGCCGCCGACGUCACGUUUCCUCUAUAAUGGAGACCAGGUCAGUUCACGCUAAUCCAUCGCGCACUGUAAAUUCCAUCGGAAGAAAUCAACGCCCGGUUAUUCAUCGGUACAAAGGAAGUUCGCGUCCGUUGAAUAAUAUCUCAUCGACGGUCACCAAUAACGCUUUCUCGACAUCCGGUUUUGAAUUACGCGAUUUACCGUCAAGACGUUCUUCGAACGGAGUUUACAAAUCGUUGGGAUCGUCGUCGACUAACCUAUCCACCAAUAAAACUGCCUCCUAUUUGCAACACCAAUUCAGACAACACCCGAUCGGUAGCACCAACAGUGGACCAGGUUACCGAAGAGUUCGAAACUCGUCCACAAAUACAGUUCCUUUGCAAGGCAUGAAUAUGGGCCAGAAAAUAUCUAAUGGAGUCAAAAGCGUUAACCGAGAAGGUGCACCGCAGUACAAACCAGUAAUACCUCGAGAGCUUUCGCAAGAAUUCGCCAGACCGGCCAGAUUAGAUAUAUUGUUAGAUAUGCCAGCUGUUCCUCGUGAAGCGCAAAUUAAACACGCGUGGAACGCCGACGACAGAUCGUUGAAUAUAUUCGUCAAGGAAGAAGAUAAACUGACAUUCCAUCGACAUCCCGUUGCACAGAGUACCGACUGCAUUCGUGGUAAAGUCGGAUUAUCGAAAGGCCUGCACGUGUGGGAAGUGUUUUGGUCGACGAGACAAAGAGGAACCCACGCGGUUGUCGGAGUUGCGACGCAAGAAGCGCCCCUGCAUUCUGUCGGAUAUCAAAGUUUAGUCGGCAGCAAUGAUCAGUCAUGGGGAUGGGACUUAGGAAGGAAUAAAUUGUUCCACGAUUCGAAAAAUAACCCCGCAGUCACGUAUCCAGCGCUUCUCAAGCCGGACGAAACGUUUAUUGUACCAGAUAAAUUCCUAGUGGUUCUGGAUAUGGACGAAGGUACUCUAUCGUUUGUAGUCGACGGCCAAUACCUAGGAGUGGCUUUCAGAGGAUUAAAAGGCAAAAAAUUAUACCCGAUUGUUAGCGCUGUUUGGGGUCAUUGCGAAAUAACGAUGAAGUAUAUCGGCGGCCUUGAUCCGGAACCUUUACCUUUAAUGGAUCUGUGCAGAAGAGUUAUAAGGCAACAGUUUCCCAAAGAACAACUCGAAGAUAAAGUCACUCAACUCAAUCUUCCACCAUCGCUCGUUUGUUAUUUACUAUACAAAGAAAGAAGAUAACAGAUUUAUACGCUUACGAUUUUAGAAUAGAAUUUUGUGUUUAUUUUUUUCAACAGCCAUAGUAAGUUAUAUACAUUUUACGUCUAUUACUACAUUGAUUUAACGACGUGUUUUUUGCGCCUCGCGCUUGGUGUUUAAAAAACAAAAUUUCACGUUCGUUUUCAACGAAUAAUACCGCAAAAUAAAAAGAACGAAUUAUACGGUUAUUCUUCAAAAGAGGGUACAUUUUCCCAUUUUCCUCAAAGCGUUGAUUUUUCUUUUCUUUCUUUUCAUUUUUUUUUUUUUUUUUUUUUUUUUAAUUGUACGAUGCGUUGAUGAAUAGACUGAGUUGCCGAUAUGAUCUCAAACGCCAUGAGUUAUUAAAAUUAUUAAUUUACUUUUUGGCCUUUUCUCUUUGCGCGCUGCCGCUAUCGUGUGACCGUGCUUUUUUUUAGAGAUGUCAGGGCCUGAGAAUUUUCCUCAUUCUAAUAUGUACCUUUUGAGGUUUAAAUGCUUUUUAAGCGUGUGUGCGAUUUUGUCUCGAGUGUUUUUUUUUGUUUUUUUCUUUUCUUUUUUUUUUUUUUGUUCUUCGUCUGAUUAUACGUAAGGUAUUUUACCUACUUAUUCGAAUUAGUUUUACGUUAACGACGGUGAAAUAUGUAUUCGACGACGGAUAGAUGUUAUUUUUUCUUUAGGUUGUGUAUUGGAUAUUUGGCGCCGACAAUAAAACGGUAGUUAACUCGAGUUUUAUUAGUAAUACGUUAACGUUUUUGUGAUUUUUCAUUUCGUACAUACAUUUUUUUUCCUUUUUUGUAUUCGUAUGGAAUUUUUUUUAUUAAUUUUGUUUUUGAAUUUUUCUUACCUGUACGUAUUAUUUAGAUGUGCGCUUGAAAGGUGCAAUUUUUUUCUUUUGAUGGCUUUGUACGCGUUGUUGGAUUUUUGAAAUGGAUUUUUGGUGGUUAAAGCUACAUCCAAAGGCGAUUAUAGUAUGGUUUAAUCGCCUUGAAAUCAUAUUCAGUGACCAGUGAAUUGCUCAAGUCUCGCGAUACGAUUAGUAAAAUUAUUAUAAAAACGUAUUAAUUAUACGUGUUUUUUUUUCUCUGAGAAAUUCAGUUAGGUAUUUUUAAGAUGAAUUUUUUUUUAUUGUUUUUUUUGCUUCGAUGAGUUAAUCGAGUUAUCGGUUAUUUAUGGAAAAAAUUGUCGCUGGUGAAAUCGAUUUUCCAUCUUUUGGCUGGAUUUUAAUUGUCGAAAAGGUAGUUCGAAUUCUGCGCCAAGAGCAGCGAGAGGAGAUGAGGCAGAAGUAAAAAAUAAUAAAAUAAACAAAAAACGUAUGUUCGAGUUUAUUAUUGGUUUUUAUUUGCGAUAAAAAAAAGGAGCAGAAUUCGAUGAAAACUAUAUUGUGCCAAAUGCGGGUAUUAUGUUUAUAAUAUUUUUGAAUUUGAUUCUACGAUAUAAUCGGUACAACUCUACGAGUGAUUAUAAUAUUUUGUAUACUUGCUGCCUCCCAUCAAAAAUAAAUACGAGUUAUUUAAUGUAUUAUUUUUGUUCGAGUAUCAAUUGGCUAUAAUUAAUGGAUAAGUAUCGCGUACUAUUUUGCGGCUAUAAUUUUUUGCUCCGUGACAUGUGCUAGUCUGUUGCAUACUUUUGGAACUACGUAUUAUUUCGUUGUUCUCGUGUAUCCUUUUGUCCACUGCAUAAUUACGUUUUUAUUGUAGCUACUUUAUUUCUUAUUUUUAUGUUGUAUUUUUUUUUCUCCUUUUUCAUUUAUAUCAACGUCAUCACUCGUACCUUAGCGUGAUUCUCGAUUAUCUGGUCGUGUACUUUUUUGAUACUUCUUAUCUUUUACGUUGAAGGUAUCGUUAUUCUUAUUAUCGAAUCUCCGCAAUCAUAAUUUUUUUCUUCUUUAUUUUCAUUGUUCUUUUUUUCAAGUUUUUAAUCGAUUUGUAACUGAGUUUCGAAUACGAAUUAAAGACUGGCGUAAUUGUAUAAAUUUAAAAACAGCUGAAACAAAAAUCUUCCCGGAUCGCCUUCGAAUUUUGAACACGUUGCGUUUAUUGAAAAAAACGUGUGAUCAGUCGAGUAGGCGACUUUUUUUUUCUCUCAUUUUUAUUCCUAUUCGAACUUGUUCGAUUUAAACGUUCGCUACUUUUUCGUAUUUCUUUAAUGUGUACCUACUCUUCCAAGCGCCGCAAUAUCUUGGUGAUCAUGAUCACAUUUACUAUAUUAUACCUGUCGAUACGGUUGCAAAGACUGCUAAAACGCGCGAAUAUUUCUUCAAUUUGUGCUCCUAUUAUCAAAAUCAACCAUAUAAUUAUAAGCGAAUAAAAUAUGUAUUAUGUUUUAAUUUGUACUAUUUUUUUUGUCUUUUUCUUUUUUUUUUUUGUAUUAAUAUCGUAUCAUUGUUUUUUUUUUCAAGUUUAGAUAUUUGAAAUUUGUAAUGUAUUUUUGUAAAUAACGAUGUUUUGUGAAUUUUUAGUUACUCGUGAAAUAAAACGUAUUUUGUGAACAAUA